GCAGGCGCAACAGGCUGGUGCGGUGUACCGCUCGUCUACAUCACGCACGUGCUGCUGUCGUCAGAGAAUUCCACACCUUCCGACGCCUGAGAAUCUGUCUGCCAGCCUCCUUGCAGCUUGCCUGCAGGUCUCUCACCUCCACCCCCGAUGGCACUGCUCGGCCUCUUCUCCAAGCGCGACAAGAAAGACAAGGCCUCCAGUAAGUCGAGCGGGGCUUCCCAGGCCGACGCCUCGUCGCUUGCAGAGACAUCCGAGUACGUGCUACCAGACAGAAGCGUCCCCGCGGUACCAAACCUGGUCUACGGAAAUGGCUCAGCUGAAGCCUCGUCCAGCAAGUUUCUUCUCGGCUUCCGCAAAAGAUCGACUCCAGCGUCCGAAGUGGCCGAGCCCGACUUUCUGCGCCCACCGCAUAUGGUCAUUUCACCUAACUCGCGCUCAGAAGCCAGCCUCGACGAAGUUCGCCCGCCCCCAACGAAGGUCAGCUUGUUCGGUGACCCGAAGCACACGCUCUCCACUCGGUCGCUCCCCAACCAAAGCGAUCCGCCGUCGAUCGCACAGGAGGUGCGCGACGGUGCUGAACCCCCCUCAGCGCCCAAGAAGCAGGGCGGACUAUUCUCGUGGGCAAACAAGGAGCGUAAGAAGUCAAAGCCGAGCGAUAACCCUCCUUUGCUCAGCGUGGACGUGAGCUCGGAAUCAUUCAACCUCAAGUCGUUCCGGCAUGUACGUCCCGAGAGUCCUCCCCCUGACUCCUCUUUAGCAGGGUCGCCAUCCUUGCCUCCUCCAGUCAUACCACGCCCCAGGGGAAACAGCGUCGCUUCAGACUCGUCACAAAGGAUCUCUGUUGCUGCAUUCCGCGAGAUGGCCGCACGGCGGAGCGCUGCGAACUCCCCAACGUCUUCUCCUAUUUUGCUCCGACCACCAUCGCGAUCCGACUCGUUAGUGAACGCCCAGCUGCGCCCCAUAGCAUCCUUCCAGCGGGCCCCUGUCGCGCAACGCGGUUCUACGCUUGCUCUGGCCAACAGCGACUCGUCGUCCGAAUCAGAAGACCCGGGCGAAUCGGAGUCCGAGGAGUCUGCUGGCUCGUCGACUAUGCGGCCCAAGCGACAACGUACCAUCACACAGAAGGCGCGGGGGCGUGCCUCGACCGAGCUCGGACACCUUAGUCGCCCCGGGAAUGUCACGAUGCCAUCGUCAUCGAAAUCGGCGCUGGGUCACGGAGAAGAUGUCUCGGACAGUGGUCAAUCGCAGCGACCACCAAGCGGCGGGUUCUUUAGGAGUAGAGCUAGCAAGUCGGCUUCUGCUGUGCAACCCAACGCAGCUGCAAGGCGUGCAUCGCAAAGGGCAACCGACAAGGGAAAGCAGAAGCAGACAGCGGCAGCACCUGCUCCUGUUUCACAACAGCAGAUACCCGCCAAGGUAUCCGACCGUACCCGUAGCAAAUCUAGAGCAAGAGAUAGCGACUCUAACGAUUCUGACUCUUCCUCUGAUGAUUCUGAUGACGCUCCACUUGCUACAUUCAUGCGCCCAUCUCGCCCUGGAAGCGCUGCUUCGAAUGCCUCGAGAUCUCGCACGCCAGUCAGGCCCCUCAUAGAUAUCUCUACGCUCGGUGCGGCACCUCCGCCACUCCCAUCGUUGCCUCGCUCCGAGAGGCCGUCUCCCGUCCCUAAUGUACCGGAGAAGUCAACGUCUCCCCCAGUGCCGGAUAAAGAUACUUCCCCGAACUCCUCCGAUUCCAUGAGCAGCUCACGUCCGACACAUGAAGCCAAGCCUAGUCUCAGUGAUAGACUCGCUCGCAUUGCGCAGGGUGCUGGCGCGAAGUCUGUAGAGCAACUUGCAGCAGCACCUCCAAUAGAACGACGAUCUCUCGAUGCAAAGCCGACCCUCGCGAUGGAGAACAACGAACAGGGACGUCAUCCUCAACUUGCUCGUAGCCAGACCGUGCCACUGAGCCCCUCCGACGACUACAAUGACUCGCCGUCGCCGUCGCCAUCUGCAUCUAGGCCAAGACCGGCUCUGAACGCUGCUGCGGCAUAUGAUCUCACGGACCCGAAGCCCAUUAUACCUACCCCUAUACGCGAGCGCUCCCCGCCACCUGCUUUUGCUGUCACAUCGCGUCCUCCCUCGCAACUUUCCUUGAACAGGCUGUCUAACUCGCAAGCAACUGUAAAGUUAUUGAACUCUCCUUCAUCUAGUCCUACAACGUCUUCGUACAUUGGCGACUCUCCUUCGUCACCCUCGGCUUCCUCUGUCCUUACAGAUUCUCCUAUCUCCACAAACAAGCCUUCUCCGUUUGCCUCCACAACGCGUAUCAAAACUUCUCUUCCACCUACCCCAUCCACUUCAGCGUCGGCUCGUCCUUCCCCAGGUGGUCGCCAGCGCUCGUCUACCCUUGUCCCUCGAAGCACUUUCGAGGCCUCGGCAGGCUUCACAGGUGGUGGACUCCUCGCAAGUCCAGCUGCCGAGCCCGCUAGCACUAAGACUGGUAGCAGUGCACCUAAACAGUCACAGCUACCCUCUGCUACACGAGUUGGUCGUGCACGGUCGUCCACCAUGCUUCCACAGAUAGACGUUUCACCUGCGUCACGGGUGGAGAUAGAGAGUAUAGCAGGCGGUAGUGGAAGCAGCCGUAUGCACCCGUCGGCCAGCCCGGCAUCGGCGGCAGCAUCUACCGCAUCUUCGUCUCCCAGUCACCAGCAGACCACUCCGCAUAGGUUCCCUCAGCGACCACGUGUACCUUUCAGCAGCCCAACAUCGUCUUCUGGAUCGAUGUCUCCCUUGCAGCAGCCGUCGAAGCCAUUUGCGGUAUCUGGAAGGGGUAACAGCCCUGCAAGCUCGACGGGUGAUUCAAGUAGUGGCCGGACGCCGCUUACACCUGCGGACGGAAGCGAUCUUGGCAUCGGCGAAAGUCGGAGCGCCAUCAGUGCACGCAAUGGACGUAGGCGAGGGCCAAGCGUCACAUUCGAGGACGAAGAAAAGGAGCGCGGACGGGCCGGAUCUAAAGUUGCUAACGUUGAAGAGAGGCGCAAGGAGAGGCGCCGCAGCGAAGCGAAGGCCGCCAUCGAGCUUGGGAAGGUCUUCAAUGGCCAGAUCACCCUCCAGGACGAUGACGAGGAGGAUAUGCCUCUCAACGGUCUGGGACCGCGCAUGAACACGGCAGCCAAUCCGAUGAUGAGCUUGACUCCCCCGACGCCGGUAACUCCCUGGGGCCCUGCACCUGGUUCGUCAGCGAUGGGUACCCCGCCAUUCCUCAUGCCACCACCAAACGCAGACCCCAGCUUCCUUGCCGCACACCAGCAUGCGAUGAUGAUUGCGAAACAGGCAUACCAGAUGGCGGUCGCUCAACAGGCGUUAGCGGCUGCGAACGAGGAGUGGGAGCGCGGCUCGAGCGUAAGCGCGUUCGGGGGCAUGAGCAUGGCCGGUAACAUCCCCGGUAUGAACCCGAUGGCAGGCAUGGGCAUGCCGAGCAUGAUGCCCGGUGGGUUUGGGAUGGGUUACAACCCGAUGAUGUUUUCGAGCACACAGACGAUGUAUGCGGGGAGCACAGCCGGGAGCGAGCUCGGCGUCGGCUGGGGCACGCGGAGCGAAUAUGGCGGGCCAGCGCGGAACAGCCGCACGUCCGCCAUGUUCAACAGUCGUCAGUCGGCGUACGGUUUUACCGCGGGCCAGCGGUCGGAGUCGUCGGGCAACCUCGCUGCAUCCUCUCAAUCACGUCCCACGGGGAGGCCACGGACGAAGACGUCGCCGGCUGACUCCCCCCUGCCUCGCGAUUACGCAAAGAAUCGCCAGGGACCGCCACCCUCAAGCUUCAGACCCCUCUAACUUAUCGGAUAAUGACAUUUUGCGUAAAGUAGCGACGCUGUCUUUCCCUUCCGUGACAGAACCACACGUCUCGCUUUCGACUAAUUACACGCUGCAUGUUUGAACUUGUUCAAGGCUGCUUACUUCCUUGGCACCCGCAUCCUUUCAUUAGUCCCCUCUUUCAUGGAAUUUCACCCCUGCUAUUUGCUAUCUGACAUCUGCCUCCAUAACGCAUAUUCUUCCUCUCUUUAUGUAUACCGUCCAAUAAUUACCAUCACAGUAUUCAUCUUGGC